GGGGGGAAAUAGUAGAAGAGAGACAUACCCUCACCCUGCUUGCCUUGCAGAGACGCAGGUGGGACCCGUCCUCCGAAAAGACAGACACCAAGAAGGAUGCCACUGCUGCUGCCCCUCCUGCUCCUCUUUCUCCAGCAGACCUCACCUUGUGAAGAGCUCACCUGCUUCGCUGACUACCUGCAGAUGCUGAUGUGCACCUGGGGAUGGUCCCUCCGGCCCUCCAGGGACACCUCCUACAACCUCACAGCAAAGUGGAACUGUGGGGCAGGGGGCACCUGCCACCUCCUCCCCUCCACCGGCAACACCACUGCAGCACAAUUUACCUGUUUAGCGGAACAGAAGCUGUGCUUCGGAGAAAACACCUUUGAUGUGACAGCCACAACUUCGGCUGGGAAUGGGCCCCCUGGAGUCCCCAAAGGAUGCUUGAAAACAUUUCUGUUUAAGGAGAACAUUAAACCACAGCCGCCCUUCAACCUGACGGCCCAUGCCUCCCCCUCAGGCUACAACAUUUCCUGGAAAAACCCCUACCAGCACUGGCGAUUCCACCCCCUGAAUGGCCAGCUGCACUAUGAGCUGCGCUACCGGCGGAGGGGCCACGCCUGGCAGGACAAGAACAGGAAGCAUCUCUUGCAGGACACAGGGACCUUUUGGCUCCUGCCCAGGGAAUUUGAGGGGCCCUCCACAGAGUAUGAGGUCCAGGUGCGAGCCCGGCCGAGGUCCCCCUACAAGGGUGCCUGGAGCAUGUGGAGCUCUCCGGCCUCCCUCACGACUCUGCCCAAAACUUCCAACCACCAAGGGGAUGAAGGAGGGGUCUCCUGGUGGCUGGUGGUCCUUGGCCUCUUCCCUGCCCUGCUGGCCUUUCUGAGCCAGAGGUUGUGGAAGAAGCUGGACCUGUUUGUCCCCAGCCCAGUCCCUUUUUUCCAGCCCCUCUAUGUGGGCCACAAAGGAGACUUCAAG